AGUCGAGCGCACAUUUCGCGCAUAUACAUAUAUACAUAGAGUGAACAUGACCAAGCUCGGAAUACACGCUCUAUUUUUGCUGGUUGUCACAAUGUGUGCUUUAGUAUCGGCGAUACCGUAUCCUGACGGGCAUCACCAUAAACACACGCACUUCAUCAUCCACGUGCCGCAUCAUAUUCACAAGCAUCAUCAUACACAUGUAAAGAAGAUUUACAUACCGGUUAAAGUUAAAUCACACGAUGAUCACCAUCACGAUGAGCAUCAUCACGAAGAAGAUGGCUGGUAA